AUCAACUACACACUAAACUCUUUCUUUAUCUUUGAGCUGUCUCUCUGUUGUCAAUCUUUCUCUCUCUAAAACACACAGACACACACUCUCGCUCUUAAAAAAGACAGCUUUUUUAUUUAUCACUUCAAAAACCCUAAACUUUCAACUCAAAACCCUAACCAUUUUCUCAGAUCUAUACUUCCAUUUUCCUGUUCUAAUGCAGCUUUUUUAAACCAUAAUGUCUGCUUCUGAUCCGAAAACCCGACCCAAACCCGGCCCAUGGCCACCUCUGCCUGAAUCCUCCCCGUUGCCGCCUUCUUCUUGGGCUAAAAAAACUGGGUUUCGACCCAAAUUCUCCGGCGAGAGCAAUGCUAGUAAUUCCGGACAGAUUUCACUUGCUCCUAAGCCUAGAGAACCGCAACCCGUUAACCAACCCGAUAUUGAAUCGGGUCGGGCUAAACCAAUUAAUCCCACAGCUACUACUACUACUACGAGAACUUCAUCACCUGUGGCUGUGAAUGGCACUGAUGGUAAUAGUAAUAAUAAGGAGCAGCCAGUGAAGCGGAGAAAGGAUUCUGAUGGAGGAGGUGGAAGUGCGGCUCCGAAGAAGGAUUCGGGCCAUGGAGCCAACGGGCAGGCUCCGGACGUAGCCGGUUCCGUGGAUGGUAGUAGCAGAAGAGGAAUGAGAAAUAGUGGGGAGACGGCUGAUGUGUUGCCACAGAGCAUUAAUGAUGAUGGGUUUGUUGGAAGGCAUUCUCAUAUGAAGUAUGAGUUGAGAGACUUUCCUGGUCUUGUUCCCAUUGGUCUAUAUGGUUUCCAGCAUUACCUUUCGAUGUUAGGUUCACUGAUUCUCAUUCCACUCGUCAUAGUUCCUGCGAUGGGUGGCUCUUAUGAGGAUACUGCUAUAGUGGUGUCAACUGUGCUAUUUGUUUCGGGAGUGACAACACUUUUGCAUACAUUUUUUGGUUCAAGGUUGCCUUUGAUACAAGGCCCAUCAUUUGUUUUCCUUGCUCCAGCAUUAGUAAUAAUCAAUUCCCCCGAGUUCCAAGGACUAAGUGGAAAUAAUUUCAGACAUAUUAUGAAGAAGUUACAAGGGGCUAUUAUUGUUGCUUCAGCAUUCCAAGCAUUACUUGGAUAUAGUGGAUUAAUGUCAUUAUUAUUGAGAUUGAUCAAUCCAGUAGUCGUUGCCCCAACUAUUGCUGCUGUUGGACUUUCAUUUUACAGCUAUGGAUUUCCAAUAGUCGGGCAUUGUCUUGAGAUUGGCGUGAUGCAGAUAUUACUGGUUAUUUUGUUUUCUCUUUAUCUUAGAAAGAUAUCUGUUUUAGGCCAUCGGGUUUUUCUUAUUUAUGCGGUGCCAUUGGGUCUAGCAAUCACAUGGAUAGCUGCGUUCCUUCUUACUGAAGCAGGAGUCUACAAUUACAAAGGGUGUGAUGCAAAUAUUCCUGCAUCAAAUAUUGUAUCUGACCACUGCAGAAAGCAUGUUUCCAGGAUGAAGUAUUGUCGGGUUGAUACUUCUCAUGCAUUGAAAGAUUCCCCAUGGUUCAGGUUCCCUUAUCCUUUACAAUGGGGUACUCCUGUCUUCGAGUGGAAAAUGGCUCUUGUAAUGUGUGUGGUGUCCAUUAUUGCUUCUGUGGAUUCGGUUGGGUCCUACCAUGCAUCAUCAUUGUUGGUGGCAUCUAGGCCUCCAACGCCAGGUGUUCUCAGCCGAGGGAUAGGCCUUGAAGGACUUUCUAGCCUCUUGGCUGGUCUUUGGGGUACUGGAACUGGCUCCUCAACACUCACUGAAAAUGUUCAUACUAUAGCUGUGACUAAAAUGGGAAGCCGUAGAGCAGUUGAAAUAGGUGCAUUCAUCUUGAUUCUCUUAUCCCUUAUAGGUAAAGUUGGAGGGUUUAUCGCUUCAAUUCCUGAAGUGAUGGUUGCUGCUCUUCUAUGUUUUAUGUGGGCAAUGCUUACAGCACUAGGACUAUCAAAUCUACGUUAUAGCGAGGCUGGAAGCUCUCGUAAUAUCAUCAUAGUUGGGUUAUCUUUAUUUUUUUCACUUUCAGUGCCGGCAUAUUUUCAACAAUAUGGCAUCUCUCCGAAUAGCAACUUGUCUGUUCCCAGUUAUUUUCAGCCAUAUAUUGUAGCUUCUCACGGACCAUUCAAUAGCAAAAAUGGAGGGUUGAACUACUUUAUGAACACAUUACUAUCGCUGCAUAUGGUGAUUGCAUUUCUCGUCGCUGUUAUCUUGGAUAACACGGUACCUGGAAGUCAGCAAGAACGCGGAGUAUAUGUAUGGUCUGAAUCAGAGGCAGCAAGGAGGGAGCCUGCUAUCACCAAAGACUACGAGUUGCCCUUCAGAGUAGGCCGGCUUUUCAGAUGGGUGAAGUGGGUCGGACUUUGAGAUACGCGGAGUGGUUUGUUACUGCUGAGAAGAUAUUCACAGUGGGGCCAUUGUGCUGUUUUUCGAAUGUAGAUUUGAGUCUCUUGAGGUCAAAAUGGUAAAUAGCAGCGGAAUGUACUGAUUUUUCUUACGAGGACCGGGUCUUCUUCCGAAUAGGUUUCGAUAGAGGUAAGAGUUAUUUGUGUAGAUCGGAGAAUCCAUCGGGAUGUUGUUGUGUUGUAAUUCUAAAUUAUCAACAAUGUAUGUAGUUUUCGAGUUCGUUGAAAUUCCUACGCUUAAGAAAUCGUUAAGAAUCCCUCUCUCCAUCCCUUGUAUAUUUGCUCUCUCUAUGUAUCAUCAGCUUAUUUUUUGAGAUGCACUUAUUUUUUUUCUUUUCUUAA